AGAUAGUAACCUUAGAAGAUGUGGUUGAGGAGAUUGUUGGAGAAAUCUUUGAUGAAAAUGAUUGAAAGGAGGAGAUCCAGAAGAAAAUUGGCUAUAUUGUAAUGAGAGCAGAGGGAGUAUAUGAUGUUGAUGCCAAUACAUCUAUUUAUUUACCAUCUGAGGACUUGAAAAUCAAAAUGCCAGAGGGACAUCAGUCUGAGACAGUAUCUGGUUUUUUAUGCGAAGGAUUUGGAUACAUCCCUAGAGCUGGUGAGAGCAUCAAAGUUGUCCUCAAAAGGGAUAAUCAAGAUGAUGAUGAUAAGCAUGAUGAAGAUGGAUCUGAUCAUCAAGAUUUGAAGGAAAGGCAUCAAAUAUAUAGACUUGAGAUAUUAGCUGCAAAUGCCCGAAAGGUUAGUGCUGUUCGUUCUAAGCAGAUAAACAAUGGGGAAGCAAUGUCAGAGGCCAAAGAUGUAACUUGAUUGAUUCGCAAAAUCAUGAAGAGGAAAGGGAACGGUGACAAAUUGGAUAACAUUACCUAUGAUGAGAUGCAUUUUGGAAGAGAUAAGAGAAUUAUCUUUCUGAUUACUAUGUAGUUCUGAAGAUACAUAAGAUAAUGGCCAUUAGCUACAUUGCAUAUUCUGUUUUCUUUUUCUUUAGCUCCUCCUUUUCCUUCUCAUAUUCUUAGUGCCCCAUGAAGAAGAAACAGAAGGAAACCAC